AUCUGCGUGUAUUCAAAAGUAACAGGGUGUGUUUGUGAGGCUGCUUAAAGUUCUUACUAACUGAAGUGUUUCAGCUUGUUUGUUUUAGCUUGAACGACUUGAAGAUAAAGAUGUCGGGAACACGUACCCUGUGCUGCCAUGUCACCACAGCAACCCGCUCAUUUGCCAUCUUAUAUCUGAUAGGUAACCUGCUGGAAUUGGGGGACAUUGUCCGAACAGCUCCUUGGGACAAAACUCCAUACGGUAUCCCCUAUAAUAAUGUCAGGUCUACCAGGGGUCAGCGUAUCUUUGAUGUUAGCACCAACAUUCUGAUGCUGGUUCUGAUGUCAGUCUCUGGUGUGUUGGCUAUGUUCUCUCACCGCAAGGGUCCCAUGUUUGUCCUGCCUUUCGUGCUGACGAUGUUUGUGGACUUGGGUCUGAAUUUUCUCUCCCUGUUUAAUGGAGCCUGGGGACUGCCAGGGACCCCAAAAUACAGAGACGUCCUGCAAGCUGCAAAAUAUUACAAAGGAGUCAAUAGGUUGGAUGAGGAGGACUUGGGCCAUUUGACCAUGGGAUACACUGUUCUCUUUAUUCUGAACAUAUUGCUAAAGGUGUACGUUCUUCAAGUGUCAAUGAGAUGUUUCUAUGCCCUGAAGGCAGAAAGAGCUUCUGGCAGCCAUGUUGACAAUGGAAAUACUGUGACAGUUAAACUACCUUCCUAUGACGAGGCUCUCAAAAUGAAAACUGAAGCUGAACCUCCCACCUAUCAAGAGCCCUGAAAUAAAAACCAAUUAUGUGAUGCAGAAGCUGGACCGCAAUGAGCACAAAAUCACACGCAAAACAUAAACAAGCAGUUCUAUGCAUUUCUAUGCUUUACUUAUUAAAUUUACCCAGAUAAUAAUUUACAUGUUUCUGAAUAUAGCAUCUUUACUACUAGAUUGAAGAAGCAUUAAGUUUGAACUGGAAUGGUUAUAUGAAACAUCACUUUUGUGGACCCACAAACUGCUUAUCUUUUUUUAGAUACUUGCAACUUGAAGCUUUAUCUUUUGACUACCAAAAGGGAAAAUACCACUUUAUGCUGAUAUAAAUGAUAAAUAAACAGUGUUUCAGUUAA